CCACUGCCUGACUACCUUCACCGCAGAAGAAGAAAGAAAAAAAAACAACAAAAACAAGAAGCAGAAGCGUGCAACGCCAAUAUUUGACUACAAAUAUAUGAAUAUUUGAAAAACUACUCAGUAGGUCUCGUGUAAGGUAGCAUGCUUUAUUUAAAAUGGCUAUUUACGCUUUUAGAGGCCCCGGUCUUUGUUUUAUGGUAAGUAAAUGUCGAUAGGUCGUAGCUUUUACUGCCCACCGAAAAUCUGGAGGGUGCGCAAAGAAGCGGGAUGAAGACUGUCAUCGUCAUCAGCUCUGACUCUGACAGUGAUGAAGACGACUCGGGUGUGGAAUUUGUCCGCUCCUACAGCGUCACCAAAACAGAGUCCAAAACGGCGGUGCGAGCUGACGUCCAUGACGCCUCUAUCAACCCUGUUGUUUCAUUUGGGGAGAAAGAAUCAACCCAGACCUGUCCAGAAGUUAAGUUGCAUGAAAAACAAACAGACUUCAAUGUGAACACUUUGAAGAAGGCCAAACAAGAGGAGGAAAAUGUACCUAAAAGAACAUUGAAAGACAACACUUCAAAUGAACGUCAUUUACAUAGACACAAAUCAUCAAAGGAGGACUGUGGGGAGUUGAAGCCAACUUUGGAAGUGCUAUCUAUUCAGUUCAAACCGGAACUUAGUUACAGAGUACAUGUACCAAAUAAACUGCACUUUCUGGAAAUGGGAGUAACAGAAGGCACACAUUCAGGACAGAAAGCUUCUCUUGGUUUAAAUGACGAUGCCACUCGGACGUUACCGUAUCCUGGACAACUACAGGGAACUCAUGUAGACAAAAUGGAUGACGCGUCUUCAUCGAGGCCCGUCCUCUCUUUAUGGCAAGGGACAGAAGAUGUGACUGAUGCAAAGUCACACAGGUCUGAUCAUCUGACCCAGAGCAUUCCUGUUGACUCUCUAUGGUCUAAAAGUGAGGACUUGGAAGACUUUUGGUCCGGUGGAGAUGAAGCAGAUAGAGACAGUCCAACAUAUUUCAUGUGGCAAGGGGAAAGUGAUGGAGAAGGGAAUCCUGAAGUUGAAUUCAGGGGGGCCAGUCAGAAUGAAAGGAAUUUUGUGUGCCCAGAUACGUUCCAGAGAUUAAUGGAUGGAUUAGCACAUACCCUGAUGCCUGAGAAAAAUGUGAACUGUGACACUUCUAAGGUGGAAUGCCAGCAAAGGCUCAGCCUAGUUUAUAUCACCAUGGACGAAAACUACCAUGAAGGCACUUUGCAUGUUUUGUCGGACCUCCUCCAUCCUGGCUACUGUCCUCCCAAGGAUGUCAUGUCCCACCUGCUAAGUGGCAUCCUGCUGGACCCUCUGUGUCAACAUCACCUUUGUGUACAGGCCUGGAAUCUGCUGAUGAUGGCACAAAGACACCACCUGGCUGAUAAAAACACAGUUCCAUGGAGCUGGGAGAUGGUGACUUCAGUCAUGUCCAGUCAGGACAAGAAAAGCAACCAUCAACCUGAGGUGGUGCGCAUGCUCCUGGAGUAUAUUGUGCAGACUUUGGAGGAUGACUUCUCUUACAGAAAGUCCACGUCUGAACUCCAUCACUCCAUAGCAAAAGCUACGUUGUCAUGCAAUCAGCUCUUCCCACAAGUACAAGAUGUUAUCAAGUGGCUAUUUUCUGCCAUCAUCAAAUCGACUGAAAGUGGAGAGAGUAGUGCAGCUGCCAGGGAAAGAGAUGAACAUAUCAGAAUUGUGUCCAUUCUCCAGCGGAUAUUGUGUCUUGCUUUAGAAGCAGAUCGCACUCCUGCGCUAAGCGCACCAAAGUUGUCCCAGGAGCUCUUCUUCACACUCAUCAGCACCGAGCCCCUACGAGCACAGAGGCUACUGCUGCUGAACAGCCUGCAGAGCAACCUGCUGAGAUGGAAGCUGCUGGAACAUCUGCUGGACUAUGCGUGUCCACUGAAAACACCUGUGCCCAUGUCACUCAGUCGCUUGCUGCACUUUUUGGAGAACUGCACACUGGCUGCAGACCCAACGGAUAAUGGUGAACGUUGGAAGAAAUGGGAGGAGUUGGUUCAACACCUCUGGAUGUUGCUAGUCAGCUACAACACAACUAUGAAAGGAUAUCUGUACACCUCAGUCAGCAAGCAAACAAGCCGAGCUAGCUCCUUGGUCUACAAGCUCGAUGAUACGCUAACAAAGGCGGCCAUUUGUAAAGCCGUGGAGGCCUUCCUCGCAAGAUCCCAGGCAGACGUUGGCCAAGCGUUGCCUCCCCACGUAGAGGAGUCCCUCACUUACUUACAGGACUUCCUGCUAGAUGUCUGUGAAUGUUAAAUGAGGAAACAGUUGAUUUUAUUAAAUGUCAUUAUAGUGUCUGUAAGAAAUGUUUAUAACUAAACUGUUUUGCUUUUGUGUAAAUGUAAAAAUAUUCAUUUAGUAUUACUUUUAUCUAAUAUUUAAUAUUUUUAGAAGUAUUCAUAAGAUGUACUUCUUUGGAACCCUUUCUAGACAAGUGAAAUUUUUGUGCUAUUAUACAUCCCAUUCUUACACUAUGGGGUUUAAUAUGACAUUUUCUAUAGGGGUGAGGUCAGGAUUGUGCAGGCCAGUUAAAUUUAUCCACAUCAAACUCUCUCAUCCAUGUAUUUAUGAACCUUGAAUUGUGCACUGAUGCACAGUCAUGUUGGAACAGGGAGGGGCCAUCUCCAAACUUAUUCCCACCAAGUUGGAAAUGUGCAAAAUAUUAACCUCUGAGCUCCAGUGAAAGGAACUCGAAUGCUUCAGUAUACCAAAAGAUUUUGGACAGUCAACCUUUAAUACCUUUUCCUGUUCCAACAUGUCUGUGCACGAGUGCACAAAGCAAGGUCCAUAAAGACAUGGUUAAGAGAAUUUGGUAUUGAUAAAAUUGACUGGCCUGCACAGAGUCCUGCCGUUAACCCAAUAGAACACCUUAGGGUUGAUUUUGAGUGGACAGUGAGCCAGGCUUUCUCGUCCAACAUCAGUGUGUGACCUCACAAAUAUGCUCCUUGAAGAAUGGCCAAAAAUCCCCAAUAACUCACUCCUAAACUUUGUUGAACUACUUUUGGCAAUAGAGUGUAGUGUAUAUAUGUAGUGUACACUUUUUUUCCAGAAGAAGCAGUAACAUAGGGUAACCUACAAGAGUGGAUUACAUUUUGUGCAGACGAUAUAAUCUGAAGGAGGUUACUAGUUUAAGGUAGUGGUAGGGAAGAAUGUGGCUAAAAAGCAUCGGAUGGUGGUGUGUAAAAUGACCCUGGUGGUGGGGAGGAAGAUUAAGAAAACAAAGGCGGAGCAGAGAACCAUGUGGUGGAAGCUGAGAAAGGAAGAGUUUUUUUGCGGCUAUAUAUGUAUGUGUGUGUGUGUGUAAUAAAUAAAUAGAUAGAUAGAUAGAUAGUGGGUACGGAAAGUAUUCAAACCCCCUUAAAAUUGUCACUCUUUGUUAUAUUGCAGCCAUUUGCUAAAAUCAUUUAAGUUUUUUUUUUUUCGUCAUUAAUGUACACACAGCUCCCCAUAUUGACCAAAAAAAAACGGAAUUGUUGAAAGUUUUGCAGAUUUAUUAAAAAAGAAAAACUGGAAUAUCACAGUAUUCAGACCCUUUGCUGUGACACUCAUGUUUAACUCGGGAGCUGUCCAUUUCUUCUGAACAUCCUUAAAAUGAUUCUACACCGUCA